AUGGUUCUUGAAAGUACUAUGAUAUGUGUAGAUAACAGUGACUACAUGAGGAAUGGCGAUUUUCUUCCAACAAGACUGCAAGCUCAGCAGGAUGCUGUAAAUUUGGUAUGUCAUUCAAAAACACGAUCAAACCCUGAAAAUAAUGUUGGGCUUCUUACGCUUGCGAACGUAGAAGUACUAGCUACGCUCACGAGUGAUGUCGGCCGCAUAUUAUCCAAGCUACAUCGUGUGCAACCCAACGGCAAUAUCAAUAUCUUAACUGGUAUAAGGAUUGCUCACUUGGCACUUAAACAUCGCCAAGGAAAAAAUCAUAAAAUGCGCAUAGUUGUUUUCGUCGGUUCUCCUAUUAAUACUGAUGAGAAAGAACUGGUUAAAUUAGCUAAGAGAUUAAAAAAGGAGAAAGUCAAUUGUGAUGUUAUUUCCUUUGGUGAGGAUGCUGAAAACAAUCCUUUGCUGACAUCUUUUGUAAAUACACUUAAUGGUAAAGAUAACACAUCUGGGGGCAGCCAUUUAGUUUCUGUUCCAGCUGGUGGUUGCGUUGUCUUAUCUGAAGCUUUGAUCUCGAGUCCUUUAAUUGGCGGAGAUGGAGCAGGGCCUUCAGGCUCUGGUUUAUCUCCAUUUGAAUUUGGUGUUGAUCCUAAUGAAGAUCCUGAGCUUGCUCUUGCUUUGCGUGUGUCCAUGGAAGAGCAGAGACAGCGCCAAGAGGAGGAAUCACGAAGGCAGCAAGGCAACACUGAUACUGAAAUGAAAGAAAGUAAGACUGGCGAGUCUCAAAAUAGCGGAAUGGAGAGAGCUCUUGCCAUGUCAUUAGGGCGAGAAGCAAUGGAACUUUCAGAGGAAGAACAAAUUGCAUUGGCCAUGGAAAUGAGCAUGCAACAAGAAGCACCACAAGCUGAAGAGGGAAUGGAUGUAUCAGAGGAAUAUGCUGAAGUAAUGAAUGACCCUGCAUUUCUCCAAAGUGUCCUUGAAAACCUACCUGGAGUUGAUCCUCAAAGUGAGGCUAUACGUAACGCCAUGUCGACAAUCAAAAAGGAUAAAGAAGAUAAGGAAGAAAAGGAUCAGAAAGAUAAAGAUGGAAAGGGUUCAAGUUCAAAAGACUAA